UUUGAUAUAUAUUAUAUGCAUCAAGUUAUAAAGGUUGGAAACAUUGCAAAACUGUUUGGAGCAAAGUUUUUAACUUCACGAUUUUCAUCUUGACGUCAGUUCAGUGUCGGCCCUGGCCACAAGCAGAAGAAGCAUGGGCUUCCAGCUGACACGAUAAUAAGUAUUUUCGCGGCCACAUAUUUAUAAAAAGUGACUUUGCCCUAGUGGUUCUAAGAGAAAUUACCAGUGCUAGAAGUGCUGGGUUCAAUUACGUUUAACUGCAUUUAUUUAUUUUGGUCCUAAAUAUAAAAUGGGACACGUGUCACUCCCAAAACGCACGAAUUGAUGACGUGGCUUCACGGGAGAGAGGCGAACAUUUCUUUAUAUAUAUAGAUUUUGUCUUUAUCGAUAUUUAGUCCCCUAAAAUAGUUUAAACUAUUACACAAAGCUUGCUACAAACUCAAAGUGACCCAUAGUUUCUCAUGUCGAUGCAAUAUAGCUUUUGUCCUACUGUCCUAAAAUGAAAAAAAAUAUAAAAUAUUCCACACGUUUCAUUAAUAAUUAAAUACGUUGCUUUCAUCAUCUCGAGCCGGUUUCUGAUUCUCCUCCACCACCAUUUACCCUCCUUUAAAACUCCAACCAUCAAACAAAUUUGUUAUUUCUCACAAAUCCUCUAAACGUCUCGUAUGAGCAAGAGAAAUCGAUCAAACCAAAACAAAAAGAUGAACAAGAACAAGAAAGAUGUGAAGAUCAAGACAGAGAAAGGCUCAAUGAUGGAUGAGUGGCCUGAGCCAAUCGUCAGAGUCCAGUCCUUAGCCGAGAGAAACCUCUCCACUCUCCCCGAACGCUACAUAAAACCAGCGUCUCAACGCCCUACCAUGACCGAUGACGCUCCCGUAGCGACCAACAUACCAAUCAUAGACCUUGAAGGACUGUUCUCGGAAGAUGGGUCGUCGGAUGACGUCAUCAUGGCUAAGAUAUCGGAGGCUUGCCGUGAGUGGGGAUUCUUCCAGGUGGUGAACCACGGUGUGAGGCCGGAGCUGAUGGACGCGGCUAGAGAGAAUUGGAGAGAGUUUUUCCACUUGCCGGUCAAUGCUAAAGAGACUUAUUCGAACUCACCAAGGACCUAUGAAGGCUAUGGAAGUAGGUUAGGAGUUGAGAAAGGAGCCAUUCUUGAUUGGAGUGAUUAUUAUUAUCUUCAUCAUCUUCCUCCUCAUUUGAAAGAUUUCAAUAAGUGGCCUUCUUCUCCUCCCACUAUUAGAAUUUGUGAAUUUUUAACGUUGGAAUCACAAAAAGCUGCUAAAAAAAAGGAAGUAGUACAAUUAUGCGAGAGGAUUAUGAGGGUAUUAUCGUCAAAUUUAGGACUCAAGGAAGAUAAGUUUCAAGAAGCGUUUGGAGGUAAAAACAUUGGAUCAUGUUUAAGGGUUAAUUAUUACCCAAAAUGCCCUCGACCGGAGCUGGCUCUCGGUCUCUCCUCCCACUCUGAUCCUGGUGGUAUGACCAUUCUUUUACCAGACGAUCAAGUCUUUGGUCUCCAGGUCCGCAAAGAUAAUACGUGGAUCACUGUCAAGCCUCAUCCCCAUGCUUUCAUUGUCAAUAUUGGUGAUCAAAUACAGAUUCUAAGCAACUCAACAUACAAGAGUGUGGAGCAUAGAGUGAUAGUGAACUCCGAGAGAGAGAGAGUUUCACUUGCUUUCUUCUACAAUCCUAAAAGCGAUAUUCCAAUCCAACCAUUACAAGAACUUGUAUCCACUCAUAAUCCUCCUUUAUAUCCUCCAAUGACCUUUGAUCAAUAUAGACUCUUUAUCAGAACUCAAGGUCCACGAGGAAAAUCUCAUGUUGAAUCUCAUGUUUCUCCUCGUUAACUGUUUUCUCUUCACACAAAAAAGAUUUGAUGUUUUAAAAAUCUGACUUGUAUAUGUGUUUUUUUAGUUCUCACAGGAUCUGAUUUACCUUCAAGCAAAUAACCAUUGAAUGAUAUAAAUAAAUUGUUAUACAAUAAUAUUAUAUAUUUUCUUAUACUGGCUA